GUAGACCGACAAGCUUUCCCCGUCGCUGGUCAUCCAGACCCUUUGUUCUCUCUCCCUCUCAAUUGCCUCCCCCUCCUCCAUUGUUAUUUGCUUUUUGUCUCUUCUCCAUCCGCUCCACCCCUCACUACCAGCGUCAUGUCCGGGCGAUUCGUGCGUUCCUCAAAAUACCGACACGUCUUCGGACGGCCGACGAGAAAGGAGCAAUGCUAUGACAACCUUCGUGUCUCGAGAAAUGCCUGGGACACCAACCUCGUCAAGGUCAACCCCAAGUACCUCUCCGUGAACUGGGAGGCCGGUGGUGGCGGCGCCUUCGCGGUUAUUCCUCUGGAGGAGCGUGGAAAGAUCCCCGAGAAGGUCCCUCUCUUCCGGGGUCACACUGCCGUGGUCCUUGACACCGACUGGAACCCUUUCAACGACGACCUGAUCGCCUCCGGUUCCGACGACGGCAAGGUCUUCCUCUGGCGCGUGCCGGAGAACUUCUCCCUCCACAACGAUAUCGAUCCCGAUGAGAUCCAAGAUGUGGCCCCGGUUGGCAAGCUGGCUGGUCACCCCAAGAAGAUCGGCCACGUCCUCUUCAACCCCGCUGCGGAAAACAUCCUCGCCACAGCCUCGGGCGACUUCACCGUGAAGAUCUGGGAUAUCGAAGCGGGCGCCCCCAAGCUCACCCUCAACCUGGGCGACAUCGUGCAAUCACAAUCGUGGAGCGCCAAUGGCUCCCUCCUGGUCACGACCUCGCGAGACAAGAAGCUGCGCAUCUGGGAUGUGCGUCAGGAGCGCCCCGCGCAUGAGGCGCAGGGACACUCGGGAGCCAAGAACAGCCGCUCGGUCUGGCUGGGUGAGCGCGACCGGAUCGCGACCACCGGUUUCUCCAAGAUGAGCGACCGUCAGCUGGCCCUGUGGGAUAUCCGCGCGCCCCGGGAGCCGAUCAACGGCUUCAAGACCCUUGACUCGAUCUCCGGAGUGUGCAUGCCGUUCUGGGACGACGGCACCCAGUGCCUGUACCUUGCCGGCAGAGGUGACGGCAACAUCCGGUACUUCGAGCUGGAGAACGACAAGUUCGAAUACCUUGCGGAAUACAAGUCUGCGGACCCCCAGCGUGGUAUCGCGUUCAUGCCCAAGCGCGGUGUCAACACUCACGACAACGAAAUCACGCGUGCGUUCAAGACCGUCAACGACAGCUACAUCGAGCCCGUCUCGUUCAUCGUGCCCCGCCGGGCGGAGACCUUCCAGGAUGACAUCUACCCCCCCACCUUCGGUCUGAAGCCCGCGAUGGGCCCCGCCGAGUGGCUGGCGGGCAAGGAGGCCAUCCCGCCCAAGAUCUCCAUGGCCAACCUGUACGAAGGCGAGGGCCUGCACGAGGUGACGGGCAUCCAGGACAAGCCCACCGCCACGAUGGGAGCCCCCGAGCCCGAGCCCGAGGCAGCCCCGAAGCCCGCCGAGCCCACGCCGGUGAAGAAGGCGCCCGAGCCCGUGCCGGAGCCGACCCCCGUGGCCAGGCCCGCCCCGUCCAUGAAGGAGCAGGGAGCCUCGAUGGCCGCCAUGGUGAACAAGUUCGCCGACGACGAAGAGGCCGAGCCCGCACAGGAGGAGGAGUCCAGCUUCGACGAGUUCUCCAAGCCGGUGGAGCGCCCCACCCGGUCCCCGCAGGCCUCGUCGCCGGUGAUCAAGCCUAGCGCCACCCCCGGCGGCGCAUCCCCCAUCUCGACGGUCGCCGCGGUCGCCGCAGACGCCGUCACGCGCGAGAUCGGAGCGAUCAAGGACCUGAUCGCGGAGCAGACGAAGACGAUCGCGUCGCAGGCGCAGCAGAUGCAGAGCCUGACGGCGGAGAUCGAGUCGCUGAAGGCUAAGCUGGGCUAGCCUGCUGACCCGACCCGACCUGACCUGACCCGGACCCUACCUAAUGUACUGUAUUGAUUUCUCUACGCUCUUUGCCGUGUGUUGCGCUUUCCUCAAAAGACCCGCCUCUCUUUCCCUGUCCAUAGCUGUGAUCGUUGCGUGUGAUUGUGAUUGUGAUAUUCUUGAUGACCUGCAACAUGAUCAAUGUCAAUGUCAAUGUCAAUACGAAUACCAACCUUGUUUUUCUUUUUUUCUUUUUUUUUUUUUU